AUGACAGACGUGCUAUCAAAUUCAGGAGAUCCAAAACCACAACCCAAAAAACCAAGAAUUUCAAACGAUGAUCUAUAUAGAAAUUCAACACAAUUUGAAAUAUGGUCAUUUACAAAAGAAGAAUUGCAUAAUGCUAAACGAAAAGUACACGAAAAAGGACUAAAAGCAGCCCUGAAAAAUUUCGAUAUUGCUUUAUCAAAAGCCAAACAAGAAAAUCCCGAUAUUUUUCAAAAAUAUCCUAAUGAAUUUAAAAAAGAUGAAAUUAUUAGUACAUUAACUCAAGAAGAAGAAUCCAUUUAUUUAGAUUUUUAUGUCAAAAAUGCAACAGCAACAUGUAAUCAUUUCAAAAUGCCAACACAAGUACGAUUAACAGCAGCAUCAUUUUUUAAAAAAUUUUAUCUUAUAAAUUCAGUAAUGGAAUAUCAUCCUAAAAAUAUCCUUUAUACUUGUAUAUUUUUAGCAGCAAAAUCAGAAAAUUAUUUUAUAUCAAUUGAAAAAUUUGUUAAUUCAUUACAAAAUUUAAAAGUGAAAGAUAUUUUAGAUUUAGAAUUUAUUGUAUUACAAUCAUUAAAAUUUACAUUAUUAGUUCAUCAUCCAAUACGACCACUUUAUGGAUUUUUUUUAGAUUUUCAAGCUGAAUUAUUACAUCCAUCUCCAGUAAUGUAUGAUGUUUCUGUUGAUACUAUUGGGAACUUAUAUAACAAAGCUAAAGAAUGGUUGAAUAAAUAUUAUAUGUUUAGUGAUGUUGCAUUUUUAUAUACUCCUCCACAAAUUGCAUUAGCUGCAAUGUAUGACGUCGAUAAGAGAAUAACAGAUAAAUAUCUAAAGAGAAAAUACUUGAAAGAAACACCUAAAGAUGAAAUAAUAGAAGUAGAUAAAGAUGGACAAGAAGUUAAUGGAACUGCUGAAGUUGAUGACAAAACAAAAACAUCAAAUAGAGAACAAUAUGAAACUUUAGUUCGAUUAAUUAGAAAAUGCAGUAAAUUAGCAAAAGAAUUACCUGAAACUGAUAGAGAAAAAAGUAAAGAUAUUGAUAAAAAAUGUUAUUUUGCUUUACAUCCUUAUAAAUUAAUUAAUAAGAAAAUCAAGAAGUUGAGCAAUGAAAAUGGAACACCCGCUGCUAGCUAA